AUGAGUGAUUAUGAUGACGAGGAUGCUUGGUCAUAUUCCUUCCCUCCGUCUAGUGAUUCACUCCCUUUGAAUAAGGAUGCAAAUACUGCCGAUUCCAAUGAUAAAUCUGAUAAGCCAGAUUUGAAUAAAAUUGAUGAAAAAUUGAAUAAUUUAUCAGCUACUUCUCCGGCUUCAGGUUUAGGUAUUGAUAUUUUAAAGGCCAACACUGCUAAUGGUAAUAACAAUGGCAAUACCAAUGGUACCAGUAAUGUCAAUGGAUUGAUGAGAACUGGUUCGGCAUCUCCGUCAAUUGGUUCUUUACCUUUACAAUCACCAUUCUUAUCAAAAUCUACACCUGCCAACCCAUUAACCACAAAGGAAGAUGCAAGCUCAAUUAUUUCCAAAGAUAGUAAGAACAGCAAUGCCUUGUCUAGUCUAGAACUUACCCAAGAAGAUAGCUUGGUCGAUAAGUUGUUAGAGUCACCAAAGAAAAGUUACUUCACUCGACCUAAUUCUUCCAUAUCAAACACUACAGUUUUAGAUCAUAAACGUACUAAUACUGCCAGCGAAAUAGGACUAGGAUUGGAAAAAUCUCCACAAAUAAUAGCUUACCGAAAGUCUCGAAGAACCACAAGUGAAGGAAAUUAUGAAGAAUUAGAUGUCAAUUCUACACCACCGGAAAAAUUCGAUAACAAACUAUAUGUUGAUGAAAAGUUCAAAGACACCAAAUAUAGAUAUACAACCAUCAAGAGAAACACGGACUAUCAUCAAUUAUUCCGAUCCUUGGACCUUACUGAUAGGUUGCUUGACGAUUUUGCAUGUGCUUUGAGUAGAGAGAUUCUCUUACAAGGUAGAAUUUAUAUUAGUGAAACUUAUAUUUGCUUCAAUUCAUCAUUAUUGGGAUGGAUAACUAAUCUUAUCAUUGAGAUGGACGAUAUUGUCAGAUUUGAAAAGAGAGCUACAGCAGGGAUAUUCCCCAACGGAAUAAUGAUCGAAACUAAAGAUACUAAACAUGUAUUUGCAAGUUUCAUAUCAAGAGAUUCAACUUUUGAUUUCAUGAAAACCGUGUGGGAGAAAACAACUGGAAGAAAAAUGACCGAAGCAGAUCCUAAUGCCGAAGGUGAUAAUGAUGAUAGUGAUGAUGAUUCUAAGGUGAGAUCAUUUAUCAUGUCUUUGGAUGGAGACGAUGAAGCAGAAAAACCUAACCCGGUUAUCGAAGGUGAUGGUUUGAUCAGUGAUGAAGAUUCAGAUUCUAAACCACAACCAUCUACUAAUAAUAUUGAAAUUGUCAAGUUCAAAGCUGACAGUGUCUAUAAAAAUAAUGGACCAGAAAUCCACAAACCAACAGAGAUUGAUGACGCUAUCAAUGAGAAUGAAAUCGAAUUAUGUAAUGAAGUUAUUGAAGCUCCUAUGGGAAUGGUGUUUGAAAUAUUAUUUGGUGAUAACUCUCAACCAUGGUUUGAGAAAUUUUUGAAUGAUCAUGAUUCUGACGAAUUGACAGGAUUUGGAAAAUUCCCAUCUCAAGAUAAAAACCAAUCAAGAAACUAUACAUAUAAGAAAUCGUUGGGGUAUUCCAUUGGACCCAAAUCAACUAUUUGUCAAGUAGAAGAAGUUAUUGAACACUUGAAUUUUGAGAAAUCCAUUUUAGUAACGACAGUGACUAAAACCCCUGAUGUUCCUCUGGGGAACUCAUUUAGUGUCAAAAACAUCUAUAGGUUCUCAUGGGGUAAGAAAAAUACCACCAAUUUGCAAAUUUCCUUCUUCAUUGAAUGGACAGGCAGGUCAUGGAUCAAAAAUAUCAUUGAAAAGUCGACUUUGACUGGCCAAACUGAUAGUUGCAAAGAUUUGAUUGUCAGUUUAAAGAAAGAAAUCGAAGAUAACACAACAUCAGUAUCACAGCCUUCAACUAUUGAAAUCAGUGAAUUAGAAAAAUCCACCACUCCAGAACCUAAACCAGUUGAAGUCAAACCUGAACCUGUUGCAACAUUCUCAACCAAUACUUUAUUAAGGAACAAUAUCGUCUUCGUUUGUUAUUUGAUAGUGGCGUUCUUGGCUAUCAUUAUCGUCUUACAACUACUCAAUUUCAGAAUCAAUAGUGAAAACAAUAUUCUUAUUAAACAACAAAUCACUAUCAACAAACUAUUGAUUGAGUUAUUAAAACAAAAUGCUAAUGUCGGGCAUAUAAUAGAAACUUAUGAGUUUAAUGAAUUAUGA